CCACAGUUUCGGUUGAUCCCCACUUUGCAAACGACAGAGAGGGGAGAGAAAGCAAGAAAGCGGAGAGAGAAAGAAGAGAGAGAAGAAUGGUAGUUGAGAACCGUUAGGUGAAGAACCAGAGCCAUAUCUCUUGGGUCUGGUGCGAUUCGAGCCGGUGAAAGGAGGAGAGGGAUUGUUGGGGUCUGGUAGAAGUUUGUAGCCAUGUUCGGAUCCUCCAUCAAUGUGGUGGAGGAUUUGUUGAUCCCUUUGGGGUUGGUCACAGUUCAAGCCAUCUAUGCAGGUUAUGGAGUUUUCAUUGCUCAUUUCCUGGCUCAAGGUCUUGAUCCCCUCUUCUUUGUCAUCUAUGGGAGCCUUGUGACCGGCAUGUUACUCACCCCAUUUGCUCUUUACCUGGAAAGGAAUCAAAGGCCAGCCAAGUUCGACCCUGCCUUGUUUAUUCAGUUUCUUCUCAUAUCUUUGGGAGGGGUGACUGUUUUUCAAACACUGCUGCUUAUGGGGAUCAAGAAAACGUCCCCAGCAUAUGCCUCAGCCAUGCCUAACUUGGCUCCAACCUUCAUCUUCGUCAUCGCCUGGUGCCUCAAGCUAGAGAAAGUGGACUUGAAAUGCAUGUACACACGUGUGAAGAUCUUAGGGGCACUCGUGUGCGUGAGUGGUGCCCUCGCCAUGAGCUUCUUUCAAGGAACACCCGUGUCGUAUAGGCUAAGCGGUCCAAGCACAAUAAUGCACGUCUCUCUCGUGGCACGUGAGAAGGUCGACCAUGGGAGACUAAUAGGUUGCAUGUACCUCCUCACCGCCGUUUUUGUGGUGUCUUGUACCAUGAUCCUACAGGCUGCGACAUUGGCAGAAUACCCUGCACCGCUCUCUCUUUGUGCCAUUACAUCUCUGAUUGGUGCAUUUAUCACAACGAUAGUCAAGUUACUUCAAGAUAGAAACUUGGAUACUGGUCUCCCUUCGAUGGGCUACGGUUAUUUGAUAAGUAUCGCUUUAAUGGGAGGCUUUGUCAAUGGAUUAUGUACGACUUUUCAUGCAUGGAGUGUCAAGAAAAGAGGGCCUGUUCUGGUUUCUGUGUUCAGUCCAGUGGGAACUGUUUGCUCUGCCAUUCUCUCGAUGCUACUCUUGGGAGAGGCUUUACACAUUGGAAGCCUAGGAGGAAUGUUUCUCAUAUUCAGUGGCCUUUACUUCGUGCUGUGGGCUAAGAAGAAAGAAGGCUAUGCUUUUGAUGAAACAAGCUUUAAAAUGGAAAAUGACGAUAUAACAAAACCUUUACUUAGUUAAAAGUUGUAUAGUAAGUCAAAUGGUGAACUUAGAUAUUUGAUGCAUGCUAAUUGUAUGAUGAAUGUACAGAGCCGAGUUUAAGGUACAACUCAAAAAACUUUUAUUAUUCAAUGCAACUCAAAUACUUCAACACAA